AUGGGACUAACGAUGUUUGUCCAAGUUUUCACACUGGCUCAAAUUCACUGCGAAUGUAUCACCCACUUGAGUAAAGUGGAAGUCUAUUCUUCCGCUGUACCAAGCGAAAGCUACCAGUUCUGCGUUUUCUGUGAAAAGCACGACGAAUUUAAUUUGUGCGUUCACCUAAAGAAACAUCAUGAGAAAUUCAAGGAGGAUGAGGUGGAGGUAGCAAUGAGAAUGAGUCGUGGGAUACUAGAACGAACGAAAAGAGCGAGUGUCGAUUUUAGUCCGGGUACCAGAACCUUCAACCGACAGAGAAUGGGAUGCGUACAAAUCUAUCCUGCAACAAGUAAGAGAUGGCGGUGUUCCAGUUUAUGGGGUAGUGCUUCAUAA